UUACAUCGACAUAUUGUAGUUUGGAGUUGAAAUACCAACUUAAAGACGGAUAUCCACCGAUGCGCAUAAAAGAUGAUAGAAGUCUGAAAUUCUACGUCGAGGCGAAGUCAAGGGACCAAGACUACACGAAAUACCCUGUAUGUGUUGUAGUAAACUCUACAUUUGAGGUGGAGAGGUCGGACGAGAGAGCCACGACCUAUGAAAAAAAUGAUUUGAACACAUGUAUAGCUCCUUUGAGGUAUGCUGCUCUCGACAAUUAUGUUGAAAAUCCUGAAGGGCCUAUGAAUUUUAUGGCGUUUGCACGCAGAGUUGCUGAAGAUAUGGUAGAAGACGCUGCAUAUACUGAACAUAAACUUGACAUAUACCAGCAGCCUGAUAAUAUUGUUUCGAUCGAGGAUCAGUUGACCUCUGAUUUGGUUGUGGGGGUUUCAUUCAAGGAUAAAUCAAUUUUGCAGAGGUUUUUAAGUGUCCAUGCAAUUAAGAAUCAAUAUCAGUUCCGUGUUGAAAAGUCGUGUAAUAAACAGUAUUAUGUGAAGUGUAUGUCCGGCGAUUGCACAUGGUUUGUUAAAGCAUCUCGUGUUGGUCAUUCAAGCACCUUCAAGAUAAGAGAGCUCGGAACCGAACAUAAAUGUUCAUUUGAUGUUCGAGCAAGUGGUCAAAGGCAAGCUACUUCGAAUGUUGUUUGCAACCUUAUCAAGUCGAAGUUCAUGAACAAUAAGACUUCAUAUACGGCUGCUGACAUCAUAGAUGACAUGCAAAUCAGAUACGGUAUAAACUUGUCGUAUCACAAGGCAUGGAGAUCAAAGCGCAAAGCUAUUGAUGAAGUUCGGGGAAAUGCUAGUGAUUCUUAUGAUUGUGUUCAACAAUAUCUUGAGAAGUUACGUGCAGCAAAUCCAGGAAGUAUACUGAAGUUGUGUGCAACUCCGGAUAAGAAUGUUUUGUACGUGUUCAUGUCUCUUAGCGCAUCCGCCAAAGGAUGGAAGUAUUGUCGUCCGAUUGUUGUUGUGGAUGGGACAUUUCUAGCAUCGUCGUAUGGAGGAAUUUUGCUAACAGCAUGCUGUCAAGAUGCGAAUUUUCACAUUCUACCACUUGCAUUUUGUGAUGUUGAUUCGGAAAACAAUCAAUCAUACUUGUGGUUUUUCAACAAAUUACAAACACUGAUUGGUGACAGAGAUGGGUUAUGCAUCGUUUCGGAUGGACACGAGAGUAUAAAGAAUGCUGUAGAAAAGGUAUUUCCGAACGCAGCACACUGCCUUUGCACGUAUCAUAUAUCAAACAACAUUAAGAAACAUUAUAAAAAGGAGGUGCAAGCGGUAAAAGAUUCAUUUCACGCAGCAGCAAGGUCCUAUACAGUUGAGGAUUAUGAUAUGCACAUGUCUGAGAUAGAAAAGCUGAAUCCGGAUGUAAUAACGUAUCUGGAAAAAAUUGGAGUACAAAAGUGGGCAAGAAUUCAUUGUCCAAAGAAUAGGUACUUCACAAUGACAUCUAAUGCUGCUGAAACAGUUAAUUCGGUGACAAAGUCAAUUCGUGAUCUUCCAAUAACAACAUUGUUAGAGGCGUUGAGAGAAAUGCAACAUAAGUGGAAUGUUGCCAACAGAGAGGAGGCGAAGGCAACAUUUACUACACUUGCUAAAAAGCCCCAUAACAUGUUGGAAAAUAAUUAUAAGGCAGCAUCGAGGUAUUCG